UGCGCCACGGGGAGACCUUUGGUGCAGCUGCUUCUGCGCCGGCCAAGGAGGCUGGGACUAGCGCCGGGCCCGGCUCCGCUGUUAACCCGGCACCAGCUCCGGGCCGGAGACCCAGGGUUUCCAGUUUCCAAACCUGAUGUGAUCUCCCGGCUGGAACGAGGGAAAGAGCUGUGGGUCGAAGAUUGCCAGGGCUAUGAGGAAAGAGAGCUCUAGAAAGGUGCCCAGACAGGUGAUUGGAUGGUGAGUGAGAACGAGGAGCAGAAUCCACAGCCGGGAUAUGCCGAGCAAGUUGUACCACAUGUGACAUUAGCAGGAAGGUCCAAAGGCAAAAUUUCUUGGAUUUGUGCACAGACAAAAGCCUGUGAGACUCAACAUAGGCCAGAGAAAAGCUUCAGUAUAUUAUCAGACAUUUGACGUUAUUAGACAUGAAAGAAUGAACAUGGGAGAGAGACCCUAUCCAUGCCUUGAGUGUGGAAAAAGUUUUAGUCAGAGCUCAACCCUCAUCACACAUCAGAGAAUCCACACUGGAGAGAGGCCGUACACAUGCCCUGAGUGUGGGAAAAGCUUCAAUCGGAACUCACACCUCAUCACGCAUCGGAGAAUCCACACAGGAGAGCGUCCCUACACGUGCUCUGAAUGUGGGAAGAGCUUCAAUCGGAACUCAAACCUUAUCACACAUCAGAGAGUCCACACAGGAGAGACGCCCUACACAUGCUCUGAGUGUGGGAAAAGCUUCAGUCAUGGCUCAGCCUUGAUCACCCAUCGGAGAGUCCACACUGGAGAGACGCCCUACACAUGCCCUGAGUGCGGGAAACGCUUUAAUCACAGCUCACACCUCAUCACACAUCAGAGAAUCCACACAGGAGAGACGCCCUACAUGUGCUCUGAGUGUGGGAAAAGCUUCUGUCGGAGAUCUGCUCUUAUCACACAUGAGAGAAUCCACACGGGUGAGACACCCUACUCAUGCUCUGAGUGCAGGAAAAGCUUCGGUGAGAGUUCAGACCUUAUUAGGCAUUGGAUAAUCCACACAGGAGAGAAACCCUACACAUGCCCUGAGUGUGGGAAAAGCUUCAACCACAGCUCAAACCUGAUCACACAUCGGAGAAUCCACACCAGAGAGACACCCUACACCUGCCUUGAGUGUGGGAAAAGCUUCACCCAGAGCUCGCACCUCAUCACACAUCGGAGAAUCCACACAGGAGAGCGCCCCUACACGUGCUCUGAGUGUGGGAAAAGCUUCAAUCACUGCUCAAACCUUAUCACACAUCGGAGAAUCCACACUGGAGAGACGCCCUAUAUAUGCUCCGAGUGCAGAAAAAGCUUCAAUGAGAGUUCAGACCUUAUUCGGCAUUGGAGAAUCCACACAGGAGAGAAACCAUACACAUGCCCUGAGUGUGGGAAAACCUUUAACCACAGCUCAAACCUGAACAAACAUCGGCGAAUUCACACUGGGGAGACACCCUACACCUGCCUUGAGUGCGGGAAAAGCUUCAGCCAGAGCUCACAUCUUAUCACACAUCGGAGAAUCCACACAGGAGAGCGCCCCUACACAUGCUCUGAGUGCGGGAAAAGCUUCAAUCGGAGCUCAAACCUUAUCACACAUCAGAGAAUCCAUGUAGGGAAGACACUCUGCUCAUGCUCUGAGUGUGGGAAAAGCUUCAGUCGGAGCUCAGCCCUUAUUAGUCAUCAGCGAAUCCAUAGAGGAGUGACAAACUUCACGUGCCCUGAGUGCGGGAAAAGUUUUAAUAAGAGCUCAGUUUUCAUCAAACAUAAGAGAAUCCACACAAGCAAAUAAUGCCAUAAAUCAGGAGUUCUCAACCUUUUCUUUCUGAGUCCCCCUCAACAUACUAUAAAACUCCAGGGCCCAGCAGGCGUGGGUAGCAACUUGGGGCUCUGGGCCUGCGGGUGGAAUCCUUGGGCAUAGGGGUGGGUCCUGAAGGGUGGGGCCUGAGAGGAUGGAGCUGCCCCCAGGACUGCCCCAUUCUUUGUAAGGCACUGCAGUUUGGGGGGUCAACAAGCUCGUGCCCCCUCAACUCUGCUCUUGGGCUCAGGGCUUCAGCCAUGUGCCACUUCUGGAUUCAGCAGGGAGAGUUCAGGGUUUCACCUCCCUGCUGCUGUGACUUCAGGGAAGGGAGGGGAGCUCAGGGGUUCAGCCCCGCACUGCUCCCACAUUCGGGGGGCGGGGUAGGGGAAGAGGGGAGCUCAGGGUUUCAGCCCUGUGCUGCUCCUGGCUCCAGUGGUUGGUGGAGGGGGAGCUUGGGGUCAUAGGUGCCAACUUUCUCCGGCACCGGUGGGUGCCCGUGCCCCCCACCCCUUUCCUCAUCCCUGGCCCCACCAUGACUCCAGCCUUUCCCUGCCCCUGGCCCCGUCCCCAUUCCAACCUCAUCCCCAGAGUCCCUACUCUGACUCUACCCUCUCCCUGCCCCUAUUGGAUCCCUUCCCCGGCCCCGCCUCUUCCCCCAGCGUGCUGUGUUCCCCCUCUUUCCCCCCCACCUCCCUGCCCCGUGAAUCAGCUGUUCCAUGGCGCAAGUGCUAGGAGGGAGUGGGGAGAAGCAGGACGCAGCAGCAGGCUCGCGGAGGAGGCGGAAGCGGAGGUGAGCUGGAGCAGGGGGGGCGGGGCCACUGGGAGCUGCUGGUGGGUGCUCAGCACCCACUAAUUUUUCUCCAUGGGUGCUCCAGCCCCGGAGCACCCACAGAGUUGGUGCCUAUGCUUGGGGUUUCAGCCUCGUGUCGCCUCUGGCUUCAGCCCUGUGGGGGGUGCCAGGGAUGGGACUUUGGCCCCACACCGCUCCUGGUUUCAGCCGCGUGGUCGAGCGCUGGGACUCGGGGUUUCAGCUAUGGGGCCCCACAGACUCCCUGAAAAGGCUCGCAGAAUCCCAGGAGCCUCUGGAUCCCCAGUUGAGAACUGCCGCCAUAAAUGCCUUGACUAGGGCUGGCCAAAGAUUUUUUUGUAAAAUACAUUAGCGAAUUCCCACAUAGUUUGUACCAUUUUCUUCAGUGUGAUCUUUUAGUUGCCUGCCUCUGUCUUUUGCACCUCCUCCUCUUUUGGGGUGAAUCCCAUCAUCCUUUAUCGACUCCUUUACUUUAUAAGUCCUGGGAGUGUGUCCUUCGCCUGACAGAAGCAUCCAUCAGCACUACAUGCAGGAGAUAGGGUUGAUCUUGACUAGCAACAUUGAUGUAAAAACGGCCUGUGCCUUGUCUCCACUGGGAUUCUACAAGGAUGUAGCGGCUCAGUUUAGAGAUCUUGUUGAAUAACACAACUACAUUUGCAGUGCAGGUAUAACCCGGGUACAGUGGCCGGGGUUAGCUUGGCCAAGCUCACCUCCAUCUUUUUUCCUAGUCUAGACAAACGCGAGCAUCAAGUUGAUCCCAUUCCCCCGUUACAAAGUGAUUGUUAGUCAUCGAGUUCCCCUUUGGGGACAGAUUUUCUCACCUUGCUCGGGGUUUUGCAGGAAGAAAUAUUUUUCCUUCCAUUUUUGUCAUGUAUAAUAGAUUGAAAUAGAACAAAGUGGGAUUGGAAAAAUGUGUCAUUUCAGCCUCUGUGAUACCUGAAGGAGAUGGGGUGAGUCAAAGGGAUUCUCUCCUUCCCCAUCACUGUCACACUCCCCCCUCGGCCCAGCAGCAUUACCUUCUGUGUAAGCCACAAUAGUGUUUAUCCUCCCCAUGUUCUACCCCUGCACCUCUCAAUGUGUCAUGUGAUGCCAUGUUCUGUGUGCUCCCUGUGCUUAGGUAUCACACUUUGAUCCUGAAUCAGAGUCACUGGGGCUAGAUAUGAAACUGUCAAGACCUGUAUGGGGGAUUUGAAUGGAUCCCAAACACAGAGUAGUGAUUCUGUGCUUUCAUCUCUGCUUCCAUCUUUUGGCAAAGUUGCUUCGGGGCUUUUUCCUGCUGAGCUGGGAUUGUUGCAAAUGGGAAGUUUGGUUGCUUUUCUCCCUUGUGAUGAAGCUAAAUCUUUUGUAAGUAACAUGACUUAAUAAUAAUGAGGUGGCACAGAGUAAAGGAAAAUUGAAUUGAUCAGAGGAGAACGCAAUGGGGGAAUCUGUUUUGAUUUUGAGUUAUCAGACAUAACCUAGUCUGAAAUUUCAUUUUAUAUGAAACUGAGAGUGUCUUCCACCCCUCUGUGUUGUGGGUUUUUCUUUCGGUCCUGAAGUCGGUUUCGUCUCAUAACUGGAUAUUACCUUUGUCUGACAGAAUGUAUCUCAGUUUUAUUGGGGACUUUGAGACAAAUCACCGUUUGCUAAAACGGUAUUAUCUUAUUUUCUAUGGGUCUUUUCCCCACCCCUCUAUGAUGACAUGGAAGACAUUCAAGUGUAGUUCAGCCAGUGGGAAAGAAUAUUCCAACUAUUGACCAUGCUGCUAAGGAAACAGUAGGAAUUUAAAAUUUCUACUUUGAAGCAGUGAAGAACAGCAUGCUGCAAAUUUUGCAAUGAACUGACAUGAUCACACUUCUUGUGGGUGCAAAAUAAAUUAAUAAUGAGAUGUCCAAUAACUAGUCUUAAUUUAUUAAUCAAGGAUUAUUAGUCAAGGAUUAAUACAGCAUAAUACAGAAAGGAAGAGUGCUUACGUUACCAAUCCCUCUGGAAGACAGGAUUGCAGAGCUCACGCAGUCUCAGAGAUCCUGCGCGUAUCCCUCCUGUAUUUAUAUCUGGAGAGAGGGGAAGUUUCAUCAUUUUCCAUGCAUCACUUUAUCUAACAUAUGUUUUUUAUUUUCUGUGACGUUUUUCAUAGACAGUAAUUGCUACACCUAUGUGGGGGAUAUGUUGUAAGUUUCAACAUGGUGUAUAUUUUACAUUUUGACUGUUAUACAGACCCUAUGCAUUAAACAAAAACAGAAGCAUGAAUUUUGUUUUGAACAUUAAAGGCAUAGCAUUACCUAUUCUGCUAUGUUUUUGUCUAACCCUGAUCUUACAAUAUGACAGCUAUCUCUCUGUAAUGUAAAUAAGAAAGCAUUUUGGAUGAUCUUAAGAUGAGGACAAUUCAAGAAAUAUAUGUGAUAUUAUAUAUAAUAUUAAUACUGUAUGUACUAUUAAUAUUGGCUAACAUAGAAAUUACAAACUCUCUCUAACCUAACUUCAUCUAUAUUGUAGUAGCCAGGUAUAUCAUAACACCUAGAAAUUGGGUUUUUUAAGUGCACUUUACAAGCUUAGAAUCAUAGAAUAUCAGGGUUGGAAGGGACCUCAAAGCAGGACUAAUUUCCAGACAGAUUUUUGCCCUAGAUCCCUAAAUGACCCCCUCAAGGAUUGAACGCUAACCACUGAGCUAUCCCUCCCCCCAAGCUUCUUGUACCUUAGUUUUUGCUGAACUUGCAUUCUCCAGCACAGAUUCAAAGGAGAAGUUCGUACAAAGAUCACAGCAUCUACCUAUCAUACAGUUUCAGAGAAUUUAACAUGAAUAUAAAGGACUUCAAACAGGGCUGGCUUCACCAUGAGGCGAACUGAGGCGGCCACCUGAGGUGCCAGAAUGUGGGCGGGCACCACUAGGACCCAGAGUGUAGAAAAUGGUGCUGGUGCAUAUGUAUUCUCCCUGCUCUAGAUGCACAGAGCUGGUGGAGUGCUGUGCUGGAGGAAGCAGGGCACAAGAGACAUAACGAUCAGGCAGGAGAAAAGGUGAGAGGGAAUAACAGAAAGCAGCAGGAGCUGCAGGGAGAGAGAGGAGGAGGCGCCUCUUGUGUACCUCUCUAGCAUCCCCAGGAGCCUGGACUGAUUCACACCAGCUUCUCAGGGAGCUUCCUGUAUCCUGCUGCUUCCCUGAACCCACCUGAGGAGAACAGGCAGUCAGCUGAAGUAGUAGGAGCCAGUUAGGCCCUUAAGAUGCUGAUAUCUUCCCUCACUCAGGCCCUGCUACCAGCCUGCUUAUUUGUCCCCUUCAAUUGAGUGUUGAGAGCCACUCUUGCUGGCACAGAACAGCAGUCAUGAGUGAAAGAAGAAAACGCCCCUCGGGGGCAGCAUUCAGAAAAAGGAAAAAAGCAAAGGAAGCUUUUCUAUCUAAGCAGGAAGGAGCUCUCCUGAGAUAUAGCGACACAAUGUUCACAGGGAGCCUUCCAGCCGCAGCGAGGAUGUGAGUGGUGAGGAGAUACCCUCUAACUGGAAGAUCAGGCAUGUCUACACUACGAAAUUAGGUCAAAUUUAUAGAAGUCGUUUUUUUAGAAAUCAUUUUUAUACUGUCGAUCGUGUGUCCCCACACAAAAUGCUCUAAGUGCUUUAAGUCUGUGGACUGCAUCCACAGUACCGAGGCUAGCGUCGACUUCCGGAGUGUUGCGCUGUGGGUAACUAUCCCAUAGUUCCCCCAGUCUCUGCCACCCAUUGGAAUUCUGGGUUGAGAUCCCAGUGCCUGAUGGGGCAAAAACAGUGGUGCGCAUGGUUCUGGGUACAUGUCGUCAGCCCUUCCCCUCCCCUCCCCCCGGUGAAAGCAACAGCAGGCGAUUGUUUCACACCUUUUUUCCUGGGUUUCCUGGGUUACCCGCUCAGCUAACCAUCACCGUCCAUCUCCUGUGUGCUGGCAGCUGUGAGACUGUAUUGCUACACAGCAGCAGCUCAUUGCCUUUUGGCAGCAGAUGGUGCAUUAUGACUGGUAUCCAUCAUCCUCAUGCUCCUGGGUGCUCUUUUAGCUUACCUCGGUGAGGUUGGUCAGGGGCACCUGGGCAGACAUGGGAGUGACUCAGCCAGGUCAUUCCCAUCUUCUGCCGAGCACCCAGGAGAUGAUGAUGACUAGCAGUUGUACUGCACCGUCUUCUAGAGAGCACCCAGGAGAUGAUGAUGGCUAGCAAUCGUAAUGCAUCAUCUUCUGCCGAGCACCCAGGAGAUGACGAUGGCUAGCAGUUGUACUGCACCAUCUGCUGCCAGCCUAAGAUGUAAAAGAUAGAUGGAGUGGAUCAAAACAAGAAAUUGACCUGAUUUGUUUUGUAUUCAUUUGCUCCCUCCCUCCAUGAAAUCAAAUGGCCUGCUAAACCCAGGGUUUUGAGUUCAAUCCUUGAGGGGGCCAUUCUGUGUGACAGUUGUUUGUGUUUCUCCUUGAUGCAAAGCCACCCCCUUUGUUGAUUUUAAUUCCCUGUAAGCCGUAUCGUCAGUCGCCCCUCCCUCUGUCAGAGCAAUGGCAGACAAUCGUCUUGCGCCUUUUUUCAGCACAGACACCAUAGCACUGGGAUCAUGGAGUCCACUCAGAUCACCAUGGCAAUUAUGAGCACUGUAAACACCAUGCGCAGUAUCCUGCAGUAUGUGCAGAACCAGAACCUGCCAAAGCUAAACCAGGCCAUAGACAUGGACACAGACUUCUCAUAAAGUACGGGCCCCGGCAGUGUGCACAUGAUGGUGUUAAUGGGGCAGGUUCAUGCCGUGAAACAAGCACAGACUGGUGGGACUGCAUAGUGUUGCAGAUCUGGGACGAUCCCCAGUGGCUGCGAAACUUUCACAUGCGUAAGGGCACUUUCAUGGAACUUUGUGACUUGCUUUCCCCUGCCCUGAAGUGCCAGAAUACCAAGAUGAGAGCAGCCCUCACAGUUGAGAAGCGAGUGGUGAUAGCCCUGUGGAAGCUUGCAAUGCCAGACAGCUACCGGUCAGUCGGGAAUCAAUUUGGAGUGGGAAAAUCUACUGUGGGGGCUGCUGUGAUCCAAGUAGCCAACACAAUCAAAGAGCUGCUGCUAUCAAGGGUAGUGACUCUGGGAAAUGUGCAGGCCAUAGUGGAUGGCUUUGCUGCAAUGGGAUUCCCUAACUGGUGGAGUGAUAGACAGAACCUGUCUCCCUAUCUUGGCACCGGAGCACCAAGCCAGCGAGUCCAUAAACCGCAAGGGGUACUUUUCAAUGGUGCUGCAAGCACUGGUGGAUCACAAGGGACGUUUCACCAACAUCAACGUGGGAUGGCCAGGAAAGGUACCUGACGCUCAUAUCUUCAGGAACUCUGGUCUGUUUCAAAAGCUGCAGAAAGGGACUUUCUUCCCAGACCAGAAAAUAAACCUUGGGGAUGUUGAAAUGUCCAUAGUUAUCCUUGGGGACCCAGCCUACCCCUUAAUGCCAUGGCUCAUGAAGCCAUACAGGCACCCUGGACAGUAGUCAGGAGCUGUUCAGCUAUAGGCUGAGCAAGUGCAGAAUGGUGGUAGAAUGUGCAAAUGGAUGUUUAAAAGCUCGCUGGCGCAGUUUACUGACUCAGAUAGACCUCAGCAAAACCAAUACUCCCAUUGUUAUUACUGCUUGCUGUGCGUGCCACCAUAUCUGAGAGAGUAAGUGGGAGACAUUUAUGGCGAGGUGGGAGGUUGAGGCAAAUCACCUGGCCACUGAUUACAUGCAGCCAGACACCAGGGUGGUUAGAAGAGUACAGGAGGGUGCGGUGCACAUCAGAGCAGCUUUGAAAACCAGUUUCAUGACUGGCCAGGCUACAGUAUGAAAGUUCUGUUUGUUUCUCGAUGAACCACCCCCGCUUGGUUCAGUCUACUUCCCUGUAUGCUAACCACCCUCCCCUCUCCCCUUCGAUCACCACUUGCAGAGGCAAUAAAGUCAUUGUUGCUUCA